AUGACUCAAGACAAGAAGACAGUGGUCGUUAUUGGUGCAACAGGCCUUCAGGGAGGCUCUGUUGUCCGGACACUUGCCAAUUCUCAGGAUAGGUACAACAUCCGCGGUCUAACUCGAAACAUCUCUUCCCCCAAAGCCGAAGCUUUGAAGCAACUUGGCAUCGAAAUCCACCAAGCAGACGUCGAUGACCCCGAAAGUCUCCGACGAGCCUUCCGAGGCGCUAAUGUUAUCUUCGCCAUGACAGACUUCUGGCAGCACAUGUCCGCUGCCAAAGAGGAAGAGCAGGGCAAGCGCAUCAUGGAUAUGGCCGCUGAUUUACCCCAUCUCGAGCAGAUCAUCUGGGCGAGCUUGCCUGACGCUAAAACUAUCUCGAAUGGGAUGUAUCCCCAUGUCUACCAUUGGCAGAGCAAAGCAGCUGUCACAGAUUACAUUCGCAUGGUGAAACCUGCUCUGUGGAAGAAGACGACUGCGGUGCUGUUUCCGAAUUACUUUGAGAAUUGUCUUACGCAGCCGCGUACUUACCUGCCUAUCAAGCAAGAUGAUGGGACUUAUUUGAGAUCCUUUGUUCUGCCUGAGACAACUCCACUUCCGAAUGUCGCCAUCUCUGAUACCGGAAAGUUGGUCCAGUAUAUUCUCGACCAUCCAGAUGAAUGUCUCGAGAAAGAAAUUGCCUUUUAUUCUGAGGCUAUCUCAGAAGGAGAAAAGAUCAAGUCCAUAGCAUCUGCAUAUGGAGUUGAUAUACGCUACAACGAGCUCUCUUCUGAGAAGUUCCAAUCGAUUCUCAAGAGCAAGAUGGACGACAUGUGCGCUUUGGACUUUACAGAGCAGUUGCUAAUCUUUCGGGACUUUGGCAUGAUUUAUGCUCGUCCUGAGUUCAUUCAAGCUAACGAGCUUCCCGGCCUUGAUCUGAUGAAGUGGGAGGAAUUUAUGGCUGCCAACAAUUUGGCUGAGUGUAUGACGACUAGCAAUUAA